ACAAUUAAUACCAAUGAAUAUAGUUUAGUUAGAUUAUGUAAUAGUAAAUAGAGUUGUUUCUGGUUUAGAUAAAACCAUCAAAAUCCUAUAAAAGACAAAUGGUUGGUUUAUAAAAAAGUAUUAGUCCUAACUUAGCCGUAACUUAACCUUAAUCUUAGUCCUAAAAAGUUAAAUGUACAGAAUGUAAUGUAUUAGUUUAUAAAAAUCUUAAACCUUGCCCUAGUUCUAUACGUACAUUUUGUACAUUUAACUUUUUAGGACUAAGAUUAAAGUUAAGUUAGGACUAAUACUUUUUUAUAAACCAACCAAAAUAUGGAAAAUAUUCUGGAUGUCAAAUAUGCAAUAUUACAUGUUAUCAUUGGUAUUAUAUUAUAUUUAACAUGUACCUACUACUAAAUACUAAAGAAUGACAGAUUUUAUUGAUUAAGGCCACAUACUUCUAUGAAUCAAUCUGAUAUUGUGGGGAAGAUUAUUUGAUUUUAUAAAACAAAAGGGAUUUAAACCAUCUUAGCUUAGUUUUCAGUUUGUGUUUUUGUGGUAUGGUAUGCAUUAUUAUAUGUUUUGUGUAACUACAAAUCGUUUUCAUUUGCAGUCACGUGAUAAAAACCUUACCACUUGUGAGAGAAGAACAUGGAUACAAGCGAUUUGGCUGGCACUGUUACAUCAGUUAAUACCACCUUUGCAUGUUUCGAAAUAGAUGGUAUCGUAAAGGUGCAUAUGAGUAAAAUUUUAGCCCAGGGUAAACUUAAAAAACUACCCCUGAUUGGAAGUAAAAUUGUGAUUAAAAAUGGGUACAAAUUCAAAUCAACUUAUGUUGUCUGCGAGUCUUCAAUUAUACAAGGAAAUUUUCAAAUGGAUUGCCCGUGGAAUACCUUCUUAAAUUUGAUAAACACUUAUAAAUUAAGUUCAGACGAUAUAGUUAAAUUUGAAGAAAUUUCAAAUGAAAUUGAGAAUCAUUUUACCAAUUUAAAAAUUGAAUUAAAGAAUGACAUACUACUGUCUCUUCUGCAGAAAUUAAUUUUAUUAAUAAUAGGAAAUGGAGAUGUAAUUUUUAGGAAAGGAAAUUAUAAUAACUCGAUCCUAACUAAGGUAUCUUUGACUUUUGUUAGAACCUGUAAAUACGUUGAGAUUAUUUCAAAUAAGUAUGCUAAGUUUCCUUACUGGAGUUUUGGUUCACAUCCAAGUGUGAAAAAUAGAAUAUUAUUCGGGUAUCUUGAAAUUCAUCCACUUUAUGGAUUUUAUAUGUUAAAAGACGGUGACUACCAACUUGUAUGCGUUGUUAUUACAGAAAACUGUAAAAAAACUGAUAUUGAAAUAUCUCAUCUGCAGAAUAGCUAUGUCUUAAUAGAAAAAUACACUGUUAUGACUGAAAUAUUUAAAGAGAAUGCAGUACCUAAUGUUGAGUAUGUUAUAGCAAAAGUAGAUGACAUACACGUCAUACAUUCAAGAAGCGAAAAUAAUAUUUUUGGAAUAAAAUCAGAUGAACUAAAAUACUCAAAUGUAAUAUCUUUCAUACUCCUAAAGAAGAGUACAGUUUAUAUAAACACCAGAAAUUUGCCAGAAUUACUAUUACAUGUUUUUAUACAGUCUAAUUCUACUGGACUUUUUUCCAAAGAUGUAUAUUUGGUAUUAUCCUCAAAAUAUAUAUGUCUUAACUUGCACUUGAAAGAAGGAUUAUCAUAUAGAAUGUUCUUUGAAACUCCGUUGAAUACUGUAAAGAGACCUGCAUUAACAAGAAUAAAAGACUUAAAUAUAUAUGAAAUAUCACAUCAAGGUUGUUUUUUUCAACCAGUCAAUGUCGAAGUGCGUAACAUAUCGGAGCCGCUAAGUAUUCCAAAAUGUAUGUCCCAUAUUCAAAAUUGUAGUGAUCUAGUAACGUUUCGUGGUGUUAUUAAAAUCAAGAGAUUUACAGACCCAUUGCCAUCUACGACUGUUAAAAUCCCAGCGAUUUAUGGAUUUGAAACUCCAGGUGGGAAAGUACAUCAAAUUGUAUUUUCUCAUGUUGAUGGUAACCGUAGAGUGUUUUUGGACUGCUACCUAAGUAACUGGCACAAUAUGCUUAUGCCUUUAGGGUUAGUGCCAGAAAUGGAGGUCAUUGUACGGCAUGUCAUUCCACAGUCAAAAAAGUACUUGAGGUCUACAAUUUUUACAUCUUUUGAAGUAGUCUCGUAUAAACCCGCUUUAAGCUUCAACACAGUUAACCUGUAUAAUCAAUUUAAUUGGGGUAUGCCAGUUUUUUUAUCCCGAGGUAAGAAAGUACCAGUUGAUGUUCUGGUAUGGGGACAUGUAUAUAGCAUUUUCCUGCUAAAACUCUCAAUUAUUUCGGAAUGUACUAAAUGCAAACAAAUUGUUAUCAGUCCAAACUCCUGCAGUUCUUGUCAUGAAACAGAGUGUGAAUUAAAGUUUGAAGCAAAGUUUAAUGCACUAGAUCAGUACGGUCAAAGCUUAGUGAUGACAAAAUCUCUGGAAGUAUUACAAGUAUUACUAAACCUUAACCCAACUGUCUUCAAAGAAUGGGUAGCAACUUUUCACCACAUUGGGCCUUACUCUUACAACUAUUUUGACGGGAGUACUCCAAUUUAUCAGGAUUUCACAAAGUAUUUGGAAAAAAUCGGUGAUAGAAAAGUCCUACUGGAUUUAAAAUGCAGGAAGGUGGCAAAUUCCUCAUCACAAGAUACACGGAGAGCAUCCUGGUAUUGCGUAGAAGCAAGACAGCGUUGAAUCAAAUCUUGAAAAUACUAGCGAGGUUAUAUAAAAUAGUAUUUUAUACUUGUUUAUGUAUAUAUAAGAAUUUUAUUUUUAUAUAUUUUUUAAUCACAUUUGAUUCAGUAGUUUAAUAGUGUUUCUUAUGACUGUAUAAUAAAAAUUUUCAUACCA